AUGGCGAGUCACCAACAAGCUCAUCAGAGACCUCUCCAACAAGACUGGGCCAAUCGGGAAUAUGUGGAAGUUAUUACAGGAAGCAUAAAGAAGAUAACAGAUUUUCUUAAUUCAUUUGAUAUGUCCUGUCGGUCCCGCCUUGCAGUUUUGAACCAGAAACUCACAGAACUAGAAAGACGAGUGGAAUAUAUCGAAGCAAGGAUUACGAAAGGUGAAACUCUGUCGUAG